CACUCAACCAACCAAUAUGUCCAAGCCGACAUCGAGCGAGAAUAUCGUUAACCAGAAGUAUGACCGGUGUCUUGCCGACCUGCUCGUUAAAACUGGCGUAGGUUUCGGUGUCGGUGUGGUUGCAUCGGUCAUCCUUUUCCGGAGACGGACAUGGCCGGUAGCAUUAUCAACCGGCUUCGGCAUGGGUACUGCAUAUGCAGAUUGCGACCGACUGUUUAACCCUGCACGUAUCCCUGGCACCCGCAUCAUAACACAAGUGGAAGAAGAGAGUAAGUGAAGGGUUGUCUCGCACUACUGGGAUGGAGAGUUGGGGGUAUUGCCAAGCCACACUGUCUGGUUUAAUCGACCAUUUACUAGAGCAUAGUUCGUCUCUCCAUAUGACAUAAAACAUCAACGCAUCACACUCGAGGCUCUGGUUCUCCGAUUUUUUCCGCUGCCUCGGCUAGGAUUUCGGGCUCUCUGGGAACUUCGUCCCUGUUUGGUCGAGGAAGCGUUCGUUGAGGCUUUCCAAGCACAAGGCGCUCAUACAAGACCACUGACCGACUCGAGUUAACGGGUUAACUGAGGUGUGGAACGACGUUGUAAACGCACGUGCAGUUGCCCCCAUGAUGGGCACCGUUACUAUGAUGGUUCGUAGCCUUCGGGCUUGAGGGUGUAGCUUUUGUGCCAUCUUUUCACUCCUAACGUUGAUGCCGAUCGAGCUUGAAUGGUUCAACGUUGGAAAUUUGGCAAGUCGAUGAUUCUAAGCAGCACA